AUGGCGGCGGCACGGGAGCGAGUCGUCCGUCUGUUGGUGCAACUCGAGCGUGCCACGUGUAGAUGUCCCGCCCACUCCAACACUUUCCACCAAGCACCUCGUCAAAUACCUCAAACGCGCCAAACGGACUACGCCUUCGAGAUGGCCAGUUCCAACAUCCGAUACGGAGAAGGAGUCAGCAGAGAAAUCGGCAUGGACCUCCGGAACUUGGGUGCCGCCAACGUGUGCAUAAUGACAGACGGCAACCUGGCCGAUCUGCCGCCCGUCAAGGCGGUUCUGGAGUCUCUAAACACCAGUGGUGUGGCGUACCAGAUGUACGAUGGCGUCCGCGUAGAGCCCACCGACAGCAGCUUCCUAGACGCCGUCGCCUUUGCCAAAAGGGGCAACUUUGACGCCUUUGUGGCAGUGGGCGGGGGCUCCGUGAUAGACACGUGCAAGGCUGCCAACCUGUACUCGUCUCACCCCGACGCCGACUUCCUGGACUUUGUCAACGCGCCCAUUGGGAAAGGCCGAGCCGUCACAGGCGCCUUGAAGCCGCUCAUCGCGGUCCCGACGACCGCCGGCACCGGCAGCGAGACGACGGGCGUGGCCAUCUUUGACUAUGAGCCCCUGAAGGCAAAAACGGGCAUUGCAAGCCGGGCACUCCGCCCCACCCUGGGCGUGGUGGACCCCCUCCACACUCUCAGCAUGCCCAGCAGAGUUGCCGCCAACAGUGGCUUCGACGUCCUUUGCCACGCGCUGGAGUCGUACACCGCCCUGCCGUACCACCGCCGCGCCCCCUGCCCUCCCGACCCCCUCCAUAGGCCCGCCUACCAAGGCAGCAACCCUAUCAGCGACGUGUGGGCACGACAUGCCCUCCGAGUGGUCGCCAAAUAUAUGAAACGGGCGGUGAAUGACCCGGAGGACGUGGAAGCUCGUUCCAGCAUGCACCUGGCCAGCGUGUUCGCCGGCAUCGGAUUCGGGAAUGCUGGUGUCCAUCUUUGUCACGGAAUGUCCUAUCCCAUCGCAGGGAAUGUGAAGACUCAUAAAGCAGAUGGAUACAAUGUGGAGCACCCCCUUGUGCCUCACGGACUGUCGGUGGUUCUGACAGCGCCGGCUGUUUUCGGCUUCACUGCUCCCGCAUGUCCAGAGCGCCAUUUGGAGGCCGCCGAAAUCCUUGGUGCUGAUGUGGGUCGCGUGAAGAGAGCGGACGCAGGUGCUGCACUGGCUGACACCUUGCGCAACUUCCUUUCAGAGCUGAAGGUGGAGGACGGGCUUGCCGCCGUGGGCUACAACAAAGACGACAUCCCCACGUUGGUCAAAGGAACUAUUCCGCAGGAGCGCGUGACUAAACUUUCUCCUCGUGAGCACAGCGAGGACGACUUGACGUGUCUGUUCGAGGCAUCCAUGAAGCUCUACUAA